AUGUUUGCUAGAUCUCAGGACAAUGCUAUUCUUGAUGAAUACAUGAGAAGACGGCUUCUUCGUUUACUCGUCUUGAUGUUGGCCUUUUCAGCCUUGAGCUGCUGUCUGUGUUCUUUUCCACAUGCUGGUGGUAACCUGACAUGGCCAGAUGACAUUUUCCCUCGAGCUACAGCACCUUGCCCUUGGGGCAAUAGCAGUGUUGCGGAUACAAAAGGUGCGUGGUCCGAGGAGAGACAAAAUUUGCCUACUCACCGUGCGACUUAUAGCAUGACUUGGCAAGCACACAUCCAAUGUGAUCAGUUCAUACCACCCUUCGAUAUUUUUCCAAAGGGACGAGCACCACCAUUUACAUUGAGGUUAACUAGUCGUGAUAACACAGGUUGCCGCCUUCAUCGCGAGAUUUGCCUAAAUGGACAAGAGAGGCAUUGCAAGAGUCAGAGGGCAAAGCCAUUGUGACUUAGUUCGCCUACCUACCCCAGAAGUAAAUGCUAACAGUUGGGAUCACGCGAAUAGCAAAAAAUAUAUUCCUAGCAAAUUCUUGAGAGGUACUAUCAGGAUAAGACUUUUAUGUACUGUUUGGUAUAAAGGAUGGAUAGUAGGAAGGAUAUAUUUUUUUAUUAUUCGAGGGAGAAAAGUAGGAAUGAUACAUUUUUCUUCUUUUGUGUUUGGUUGGAUGGAUGAAAAAUAAAAAUGACUAUUUUUUU